AUGUCACAACAUUCCAAGAAGAUUAAACUCACUGCAAUGUCCAUGGCUACAUGGUGGCAUAUUGAAUAUUUCUUAACAUUUAUUUUUUGUUUUUCUACAAUUCCUCUCUGUUUUUUUUUUUUUUGUCACUCUUUCUCAUUUUUCUUUCUCUCUUUCUCUUUUCUCUUUCUAUUCUCUCAUGCUCCACUUUCCUUCUUUUUUCUAUCCCUUACUCUUCCUAUCUUUUCACUAUAUUUUCAUUUCCUUUCCUUUCUCUACUGUCCUGACUCUUCUCUUUUUAUUUUCUGCCCAUUCCUCUUACUUUCUUUUUUCUAUCACCCUCCAGUUGUUCCCUUCUUUUAUCUACAAAUCUCCUUCUCUUCUUUUUCUUUCCUGCUUCCCUUCUUUCCUCUACCCCCCUCCUAUUCUUUCUUUCUUUUCUAUGCCACCAUCCUUCACUUCCGCUCUACUUUUCUUACUUUUUCUCUUUCCCUAUCUUUCCUGUCUUUUCUCCACAACCCUCAUCUUAUCUUUUUAUCUACCAGCCUCCUUUCCUUUCUUUCCUCUAUCACCUUCCUCCACUUUCUUUCUUUUCUUUACCACUCUCUCCUUUUUUCUCUGCCAUCUUCUUUUUCAUCUUUUUAUCUGGCACCCUCCUUUUUCAUCUUUUUAUCUGGCACCCUUCUUUACAUUUUUCUCUCUCAUCUUCUUUCACUUCCUUUCCUACAACCUUCCUUCUUUCUCUUCGUCUCUCCUCUAUUUUCCUUCUUUUCUCUAGUACACUCUCCUUCUCUUCUUUUUCUUUGUCCUUAUCUUUUUUCAGACAUCUUCCUUUUCUUCUUUUUAUCUGUCACCCUCUUUCCUGUCUUUUCUCUACCACCACCAUUUUCUUCUUUGUUAUCUAACCCAUCUUUUUCCCCUUAUUUUAUAUGCCAUUCCACUUCUCUUAUCUUUUCCAAAUGUCAUUCACCUUUUCAUUCUCUUACACUUCUUACCUUUUUUGUCUUUUUACACUCUACCAUCUCUCAUUCCUUCCAUUCUGUCCACUAUUAA